UUUUCUUCUAUAUAAUGGUCCAAUUUUGUAUCAUUCUCAUUCCACAUUUGAAUCUCCUUGCUAAACACACACACUCCUAGACCAAAAGAAUGUCCAAGAAAUCAGCAAUAGUGUUCCUAUUCACACUCUUCGUCGCGAUCACCUCGAGCGGCGCGGUGGUCCCGGCCGGCGGCGGCGAAGUCCCCGUUCUGGAGCUAUACAUGCACGACAUCCUGGGCGGCAGCAACCCGACGGCGCGGCCGGUGACGGGGCUGCUGGGCAACAUAUACAGCGGCCAAGUCCCCUUCGCCCGCCCCCUCGGCUUCCAACCGCCCAAGAACGGCGUGGCCAUCCCCAACGCCAACGGCGCCAUCCCGACCAUCAACGCCAACGGCAUCCCGCUGGGCACGGGCCUGGCCGGCACGGCCUUCGCGGGAAACCCUAACAACAACAACAAUAACAACAACAUAAACACGGCCCAGCUGGGGCCGGACGGGCUGGGGCUGGGGUUCGGCACGAUCACGGUGAUCGACGACUACCUGACGGCGGCGCCGGAGCUGGGAUCGCAGCAGGUGGGGAAGGCGCAGGGGGUGUACGUGGCGAGCUCGGCGGACGGGUCGACGCAGAUGAUGGCGUUCACGGCGAUGAUGGAGGGAGGGGAGUUCGGAGACAGCAUCAACUUCUUUGGGGUGUACAGGAUCGGGAGCACCAUGUCGAGGCUGUCCAUCACCGGCGGCACCGGCAAGUUCAAGAACGCCUGCGGCUUCGCCGAGCUCAGGUCGCUCAUUCCGGCCGGCCAGCAUGUUUUGGACGGCGUUCAGACCUUGCUCAGGAUCACUGUGCAUCUUACUUACUGAAAUUCAUUCAUCUUCAAUUAAUUCUCUCUAUCUUGUGUUUGAUUUUCCAUACAAUGGCUGUGUGUGUUUGUUUGUUUGUUUGUUUUUUUUUUUUUUUUUUUGUGUUUUUUAAAGACAAGUGGUGCUACAUUUGGACAGAAAAUGUGAAAUGGGAAAGAAGCAUAUUUAUACAUAUAUGUAGUUUGCAUCUA